ACUGUGAUUUUGAUCGAGUUGCAGUGCAGAGAGCUAGCGUUCAAAACAAUACAUUCGACCUUUCAAUUUUUUUUUAAAAUAGUAAACGAAUUAGUCACUUUUAAAGGGUAAUUUCCUGAGAAAUUUCUGUCAUGGAAGGAGUAGGAGACGGUCCAUCUAUAGUUGUUGACACUGGAGUCGAUGAUGGGACAAUUUUAGAAGAAGGAACUGGCACAGAGAAUGAGAUUCCAGCUGAAGCUUUGGCAGCAGUCGGCGAGUUGAAAGACGAACUUGACCAGAUUGUUUUAGAACCUCCUAAAAUAGACAUGACUCCUUCAGACCUUCCUCUGCAAAGCUACCCUCUAACUUACAGGGAGAAUGACAACAAGGAGAAGCUGGUGUUGGCUUAUGCAGAAAACUUCCGACGACAGUAUGUCCAUCUCUACAGAGACCGGAAACCACUUCUUCUGUGCCCUCUAAAUGAGUGCGGGGUAGAAAAGUUUGUUUGUACCACAAUCAGGCCCACAACGCUACCCUACCAGGAACUUUAUGACUACGAUGGCUGUGCAGAAUUUGUUUCUGACUAUAUCACUUUUGAACCCCUUGAUCCUUCUGUAGACUUGCCUAAAUCACUACUAUCUUCAACCACUGUACUGAGAAGACAGAGAGGGAACUGCUUUGAGAUGAGUACAUUGCUUUGCUCUUUGCUACUCGGAGCUGGAUAUGAUGCUUAUGUAGUCUGUGGCUAUGCAACAAGAGAGAUGACACUAUGUGAUGAAACCAGAGAAAUAUGCCCACUCUUGAAGAAGAAGAAUGAGGUGAAAAAGGAAGAGAAAAAGAAGGAGAUGAAGAAAUAUUCAGUAAAACCUCCUAAGGAUCUCAGAAGUAAGUUCAUCUUGGAAAUGGAAGCCAGGAAAGAGGCUGAACAAGCCAAAGAGGAGGAACAGAGGAAAAAGGAGAUGGAAGAAAAACAAGAGGAACUUGAGAAGCCACCACCUGAUGACCUUUAUGGUUUAAGAGUACACUGCUGGGUACUGGUCCUUAGUGGUAAAAGAGAGGUUCCUGAAAACUUCUUCAUUGAACCAUUGACUGGUAACAGCUACUCCACACAACACGAUGGAUAUCUUGGAAUAGAAUCACUCUGGAACAAUCAUAACUAUUGGGUCAACAUGCAGGACUGUUCUAAUGGCUGCAAGGACUUGACCUUUGAUCUUGGUGACUGUGUGAGGUGGGAGUUCAUGUUUCCAAGCAACGAGAAACCAACCCUGGAUAUACCUGACAUGGAUGAAGAUGCUCUGGAUUUUGAUGACGACGAGGAUGAAGAAAAAGAAGAAGAUAAGCAUCUAGACAUGCCACCAUCCUGGGUUAGUCCUUUGGAGUUAUCUCUCAAGGAAUUCCAGUCACGCUGUCCUCAGGGCAAGAAGACUCUCACCUACAAACGAGCCAAGCUAGAGAAGUUUGCCCACUAUCUUAUGAAAGAUGGCCUUGUCAUCAGGCUUUCCGUUUAUCAUGAUAAAGAGAUGAAAGAUCUUAUACAGGUAAAGGAGACCUAUUCACAUCGAAGAGAUAAACUUCACUUACGGGUGCACAACCACAGGACAGGUCUGAUCACGGAGUAUUACCAUCAGGGAAGACCAUUACAUCUUAAAGAACAAUCGUACGGACAAUGGCCUGACAGUGAGCGUACCAUGAUCUUCUAUCAUCAUGCUAGAGUAGAUGGUUUGACAAGGCGAGAAGAGAAUGCCUUAGAAAUGACCGAACACUUUGAUAACAGGGAUGACUUCCUGUUAUACCGUCAUGUGGUGUUUGGUAAACGAAUAAAGAAGCUAGAACCAGCUGGAUCUGCGCCUUCAUCAAAUCCGAGACCCAUCUUGAAAAUUGUUGAGAAGUUUCGUCGUAACAAGGCCAAGAAAGCCAACGAGGAUAUCGCGGAAUGCGUCUACCUCAUCUCGGAAGACCGCAUCCAGUUGACCUUCCAUCACCAAGACGACAAGAUCACCGCCUCCACCCGAGACUUCAUCAAACCACCCAAUGCCAACGAUAAAGGUGCAGUCUUGACCUUCUCACCAGAUAUGACCUCUACAUUUAGGGUAGAUCCCCUGGCUGCACCUCCUAAGGAUCUGUUUAUUUAUAACCUAUUGGUUGAGUUGGUAGACAAAGAGGACAAGACUGUUCAUAGUGUGAGAGAAUCAGAGGAUGAGGUAAAAGAAAUUCUGUCAGAAAGAAAAGAGGAGGAGGUUCGGUCAGAACUGGACAUAUCUGUCUACGAUACGGAACGGAAUGAGAAAGCAAAACAACAUCGUAUUGAAAGGGAGAGACUUCAGAUGGAAGAGAAGAAACGUAGAGAGGAGAUGGAGCUGGACUACCUUGCCCCGUUCCUCGCCCAGAUUGGAGACCCCGAAAAACUGAACCGACCGCAAGCCUUGAAGCUCAAAGAAGAUUGCCUAGCAGACCUCAAGAUGAGACUCAUUGACAAAGCCAACCUGAUUCAAUCCAGAUUUGAAAAGGAAACCGUUGAACUUCAUAAGAAACAGACUUGGUAUCAGAACAACCAGAUGAACAUGCAGAAAGAAGAUGAAGAGGAGUAUCUAGAGUAUUGCAGUGAAGCUAUGUUCCGCAUUCACAUCCUAGAGCUCAGACUCAACAGGCACAAGGAGAUGGCACCUCAUAAAUACAUGGCACUUGAUCAGAAGCUGAAGACAGACCAAAGAUUGUCUGAAUUCUUCUGAGCGCUUAUGGACGAUCGGACCUAGAAACUGAAUCUCGAUCUUUAUAAGGACUGAAUUAAUGAGGCCCUGAAGACAACACUUAGCAAUUGUGCUUAUUUAUAUGUAUCACUGCUUAUGAUGACCAAUUGGAUCAAGCUUAAAAAUACCUUAUGGAUCAAACGCAAAGCUUUGUGGUACAGGUCCCAGGUAGCCUGUCUACUUCCAAGUUUGUUUGAUAUCAUCGUCCAUAGAAGAAGCAUCCCAUCAUUACAUUGUUCCGAACAUAUUAGACACAAACUUAUUCUGAAAUAAUUGAAAGGAUAUUAAGAUAAAAAAUUACUAGCUCAACUGCUAGCCAUAUCAUUUCCUCAACAAGCCUAAUAUUAUUAGUAGGAUUGGUGUUGUGACUACAGAACCUUAUUAGGAAAUAAUUCAACAUUUUGAAGUUCCAAUCAUAGCUAGUUUGUAAAAAUUAAUGGUAUUGGCCUCUAGCGAUGUGAGGACAAAAUUUAGAUCAUUUGGAACAUCAAAUAUGCAAUCAAAUUAUAACUGAUUUUGUGACAAACCAUGUACAAACAGUUGAAAAAAAUGUUAACGUGGUAAGUUUCUCUCUUUAUAAAGUUUGAUUAUGAAUUUUGCAGAAAUAUCUGUCUUUUCUUUUUUCUUUCAUGAAAUUGUCAGCCUGAUAUUUCUCCUAUGCUGUGAAAAAUGGAAAUUCUUAUUUGAGAAUCACUACAUGCAAGUAAGAAGCAUUCGUUAA